AUGUGGAGCCUCACCGAGUGGUUGUCCACCCUUGUAGAUCGAGUUCCCGUCAUUCCUGAAUUCCUCGGCAACUCCCACCUUUCUGUGCGAGGACUUCGAGACACUUCGUGGACGGAGACAUUGGUUGAAGUAACUUUUCUCCCCAAAGCGGCAACAGGACUGAUACUGUACUCCGGUUUCUCCUUUGACACGCGUGGCGACUUUAUUUGUGUUGCCCUUGUGAGGGGUAGAAUUAUUGUCAGUUUGGAUCUUGGACGUGGUCCAUCCUUCAGAAGGAGUUCUCGAAAUCUCACUCUCAACUCCUGGCACACACUUGGGGUCAAAAGACGAGGACGAAGUUUUAGCAUCUGUCUCAAUGGUGGGCGCAUGUUUUCGGGUCCGGACACCUUUACCCACGGCAGCUUUGUCCAGCUGACAAUCAUGGACGAGCUGUAUGUUGGAGGGAUGCCCAAUCCAGAUCGCAUUUCCGCCUACCUUCCAGACUACCAAGAACUGGUGUCCUACAAGUCGGUGAAGGGAUUUGUGGGAUGCAUUCAAUCGGUAAGUCGACGGCAAAGGGAGUGCCAUCAAGACGCAGACGACAUUGGGGAUGAGUGGACCCAUUCAGAGGGCAUGGGUUACAGAGAAGUGGAUUUUAUUUGGGUCAUUUGUCAAGUAGAACAACAAAUAUGA